AGAUCUGCGAAGCGCGCGCAGCGCAGACUGAUCUAGGUGUUCCGUGUUACGGGUCGCUAAACAAAUCGCUUGACAUCACUCGUGCACAGAUAUCUACGCCAACUGCUCAGCAGAAUCCGUCUAUCCUGGAUGUAAUUUGGCUCCCGAACUCGAAAGGUAUAAAUAUUUUUAUCUUGGUGCUUUCUGCAAAGCAAAGCAAAGGCUGCAUCGUAGCUUUAUUCGCUGCGCAGCUGCAAGUCAGCAGCUGCACAGGUGACUGGUAGGUCUACAGCAGGGCCAGCUCACUAUUUUCUCGUGUGGCAGCAGCAGCAUCGUCCUGAAGGAAGAUGUGUGCAAACGGUUCGUUUGUCAUUGACCACGAUAGUGUCCGGUAGUCAGUAGCCAAGUGUAGAAUGGCAGCGUGCUGUUGCUAGUACCGGUAAUGUUACUCUAUCUGCCGCUGCCAUGCCAUUUAGCCUGGAUGCAGUGAAGCCGAGAGCCGUAUUGACGUGCACGGCGAUCGUCGUGAUAACUGUGUUUGUUUUCGGCUGGAAACAGUCAUCAUGGUCCUCGCCACCCCGGAGGCUGCAUCCCAUUACGGUAUGGAAUCAUGGCAAAGAGGUGUCCUGGCCACGUGUGACCGAGCGGGACAGGAUCGCAAUGACCAUGAAGGCAGCGAGUGAGCAGUUUUCAGAAAAUGACCACGUACUGAUGGGCCAUGUGUGCGUGCAGCCUGUAUUCUUACAGCGCAAGAGACCCAUAAUAGUGCUAACCAGUGUUCCGGGGAGUGGGAACUUCUGGACUCGCUAUUUAAUUGAGCAGAUGACCGGAGUGUACAGUGGAUCAAUAUACGCCGAGAAACUGUCCAAGACACGUAUGGGUGGCGGCACGUGGAGUAACGCGUCCGUUGUUGUCGUCAAGGCGCAUUCGCUCCUGCUCGGCGACGAGUUGAAGUACGAAGGUACGAUCCUGCUGCUACGCAAUCCGUUUGAUGCUGCAAAGGCCGAGUUUAGCCGCGAAGCCACGGGAAACCAUCGAGAAGCAGCCGCACUGGAAAUGUUUAAAACGAAACGGGAUCUAUUCAAGGACAACGUGGCGGUGAUUGGAGGUCGUUUUGAGAAGCUUGUUUCAUUCUGGAUUGGAGUUAGUAACGGUAGGCCUGUGCACAUUGUGUACUUUGAGGACUUGGUGGCGGAUUUGAAAGGCGAGCUGCAGAGGAUCGCAAACUUCCUGAACAUGGAGGUGCCCGCUGACCGCUUCCAGUGUAUUAUUGAUCAUAGACAGGGCGUGAACAAACGUAGCCAUUCCCAAUCAUACAAGAAUUACGAUCCGUUUGACAAGGAGCUCACCCGGAUCAUGAACAGUCACAUACGCGCCUCCUCCAGGAUUCUACCUCGCGUUGCGCAGUACCUGCGAAGUGAGGAGGAUGACAAUGGAAGGGAGCUAUUUGAAAGUCCUUGAUCCAUGCAUGUGGCAGAAAUCUACAGCAUUGUGUGCUCAUGAGCAUGGCUUGAACUCACUCGAGCAUUGUGUGCUCAUGAGCAUGGCUUGAGCUCACUUCUACAGCAUCACGGUGUGCUCAUGAGCAUGGCUUGAACUCACUCGAGAGUCAGAUUAUAUCCUAGACAUUUCACAGAUGGAGGAUUAUUUAUCCCUUUGCCAAGUUUGUGCUGCUUGGUAACGUUGAGGUUUCAUGCAUGUUAUCUAGAUAUUCCACUGAGAUCUGUUGGCCAAUUACCCUAGUCCAGCUGUCUCAGCCAUUCAGAGCACCUUGAUCUGCUGUAUGUUUGCACUGUCAUGCAGCGCUGCGGCUGACCUCACCGCCGCCGCUCCUGCUGCUGUGCUGCUGUUGUUGAUAGGAUCUACCAGUCGAAACCACUUACGACCAAACUUCUAGGUACUGCAUUGUUGACCUCCCCCUAUUCACCAUCGGUCUCUCUGGCAGUUCUGCAACGCCGCACUACUAGUUUCGCAUCGGAGUAUCGAUAUUUUCAAAUUCUGAAGACAUGUUUGGGGCAACCAAUUUACAGCGAUUCGUUUUUCAAGAUGAACCAUUUGAAUGAAAUACAAAAUCAAGCAUAUUGUCCGAUCUCA